GGGGAGAGAGAGGAAGAGGAGGGGAACAGCAUGAAAAAGCUCGUGAGCGAUCAAGGGAAAGAGAGCAAGAGAGUGAGGGAAAGAGAGCGAGCACUCUGAAUUGUGAGUGGCUUACGACACUCAGUGAACAGAAGGUGCUUCUGCAUGCGCUGUCAGUGUACUGCUCUGCUGCAAGGGAUUGUGUACUCCUUUGCUUACCACAUUUAACGUCCCUGCCUGCCUGCUAGCACCAGCCUUCAGCAGCCUCUUCCAGCCGGCUGAGAAAACACCGGGAGAGCAAGGGAGUGAACGAUAACUGCAAGCCACGGGGGAUGCAAGCGGCUUCGAAACCAAGAUGAGCCACUGAGAUGACAAGGAAUACUGUUUCAAAAGACAACAGUGAACAUGGUUCACCUCUUUAAAUCCUUUUUUUUAUUUUCCUGCAUCCGUCACUGAAAGCAUGAUCACCCGCUUGAAUGGAUUUAAACAUUACAAGGCAGUGAUUGCUUCUAGAGAUGGACGUUAAUAUGUGUUGACAGAUCUGCUGAAACUUAAGCAGGAAGGGGAGGAGAAAAGAGCGAGACAGAUAUUUAAAAAGAUUUUUCCUUGGUCUUUUUUUUUUUUCCUUUCUGUGGACUCUUCUUCCCUCUGAUCAUUGCAGCAGAGGACUGCGGAGGAGCAAAAGAGACAGAGCUCAUGUAUGCAGACAGGGGAACUUGCACUUCCUACCAUCUAGCUGAAAGCUACUUGGAUUCUUUCUCUUUCUGGCUCUUUCACUUGAAGAGAACUAAGACAUUGUAAGCCUGCCAAGGAUCUGGUGUCCACUGAAAAGAGAGAAGGGAGGGGGGGUGGAAAGAAUUUGUACCACAGUGGGGUCUUUUUUAGAUUCGCACAUAAUUAGUGUCGGGGCACAAAGCGAGACGCUGAAUGGAGAUUGUCAGCUUUUGGAUAGGGGUGAGUAGGAAUCUUUUCAAAUAAGAUCGAUCAAUGAGGACAAUUUUAUUUUUUCCAUCCCCUCGACUCUCCACCCACUGCUUGAUAUCUGACAUAAGCAAGGAGACUUGCCCUCUAUGCUUUUGCAUUUUUCGACAAAGAUUCUCUCGGUUGACAAAGUAAAAGAAGUAUAAUAUCCCUGUCUACAGCUAGAAUACAAAAUUGGAACGAAACAGAUUAUUAGAUUGAUUACAUAUGAUGUGAUCGCUGCAAAAACAAUAUCCAGAGUGGUUCAAUGGACAUUUUCUCAGAGACAUCUCUGGAUAUUUAUGCUAAUGGAUUUCCUUCUAAUUGGACUGUACUUAAAGUGGCCACUGAAGAAGCCCCCUGGGUUGCUACUGUGUUUAUUGGGGAUUUUUCUAAGAACGGUUCCCUUGGUAGAGGGGGUUUGUCCAAGGCUGUGCCGCUGCGACAGCAAGCUGCUGUACUGCGAGGGGCUCAACCUCACAGACAUUCCCCGCAAUCUGAGCAGCGCCAUGGGCCUGUCCAUGAGAGAGAACAACUUGACCGAGCUGCGUGAAGGCCAACUGGUUGGUCUGUCACAGCUCACCUGGCUCUACCUAGAUCACAACAACAUUGACAUUGUGGAGGAGGGUGCAUUUGACAGGCUGAGACGGGUGAAGGAGUUAGACCUCAGCAGCAACCGGAUUGACAGUCUGCCAAAUGGCACCUUUAGGCCCCUCCCAAACCUGCGUAUCCUGGACCUCUCAUACAACAGGCUGCAGGCACUAGAACCUGACCUGUUCCACGGCCUUAGAAAGCUCACCAAUUUGCAUUUGCGCUACAAUGUUUUAAAAUUUGUGCCAGUGCGGAUUUUUCAAGACUGCCGGAGCAUGCAGUUUCUGGACUUGGGAUACAACCAACUGCAGAGCCUAGCGAGAAACUCCUUCGCUGGCCUCUUCAAGUUGACUGAGUUGCAUCUUGAGCACAACGAACUGGUUAAAGUCAACCUGGCCCACUUCCCCCGCCUCAUCUCCUUACGUACACUGUACAUGCACAACAAUCGUGCUACUGUUGUUGUCAAUACACUGGACUGGACAUGGCAUUUUUUAGAGAAGAUUGACCUCUCAGCCAAUGAAAUAGAGUACAUGGAACCACAUGUUUUCGAGAGCGCACCCAACCUCAAGGUGCUGAUGCUAGAUUCCAAUCGGUUGACCUCUGUGGACCAGCGCAUCCUGGAUUCUUGGUCAUCUCUGGACAGCAUUACCCUGGCAGGGAAUGACUGGGAGUGCAGUCGUAACGUGUGUGCUUUGGCCUCUUGGCUGAGCGCCUUCCGAGGCCAGCGUGACAAUUCCCUGCUGUGUUCAAGCCCCGACACCGCACAGGGCGAGGACGUGUUGGAUGCUGUAUAUGCGUUUCAGCUCUGUGAGGAUCCCCCAAUGGAGGUAACUACAGCAGGCCUGUACGCCUCUACAAGGGAUCUGGCCCAGGGUGGUUAUGUUUUCCUCGGCCCAUUUACCCCUAACCCUUAUGAGGGUGAGGGUAGCGAAGUGGUCACCAGUUCUUUCACCGUCACAGUGGGCCAUGAUGACUUGGAGAGAACCAUGCAGAUCCACAAGACGGUGACUGGCACCAUGGCACUCAUCUUUUCCUUCCUCAUCAUUGUGCUCAUGCUGUAUGUGGCAUGGAAGUGCUUUCCAGCAGGAAUAAGACAACUGAGGCAGUGCUUCAGCAGCCAGCGCCGUAAGCAGAAGCAAAAGCAAAGCAUGCAGCAGAUGGCUGCCAUUUCUACACCGGAGUACUAUGUUGACUAUAAACCUAACCACAUUGAGGGAGCUCUGGUAAUCAUCAAUGAAUAUGGCUCUUGCACUUGUCAACAGCAACCAUCUCGGGAAUGUGAGGUGUGACCAUGCGUUAUGAAUACGUCUUUACCUGUGAUUAUCUGGAAAUACAGUAAACCCCUUUUUGGAUACACUUGGGAGGGGACUAUUGUGGGACAGGAGGAAUAAAUGGAUCUUUACUGACUCUUUUUACACAGCAUCUCACUGUGAUGUGGAGGAGUGUGCUUUAUGCGGCUGACUGUUUUGCAGUGGAUUUACUGCUACUGCUAUCUGCUGCAUAUUUGAGGCCACCGGGCAUAAUGGCCACCUGACUCUUGGACCUGUUGAUGUUCUACAGUAAACCAGAGAGGAAUACAUUGUGGGCACUGAGGCUUUUCUCUCAUGGGUGGAUAUUUGAGCUUUAAUGUGUCUUUCUACUUCAGGACAUUUAAUUAUUGUUUGAAAAGAAACUGGGGACACACAAAAGAUGAAAAAAUUCAAAAAAACAACCAUUUGUAUUA